UCUGUAUCUGUUUCACUCACCUACAAGCCUGCCUGUAGGCCUAAACGGACUUGAAAACGAAUUACAAUAUACUGAACUGACACCGAAUGCAACUGAUUGUUUUUUUUAGUGGACAGGCAACAAUCGUUUUAUUUAACCGGGGUUUGAUUGGGACACGAACAAUUAGCAUUAACUGUGAGCGCGUGCAAAUGUUUAUUUAAAAGCCAUUUGACGCACCAAGUUGUGGUAUUUUGGAUGGGGCUGGAUUAGUGAGAGACGGAGCAUCGCGCUAGAAACGCAGCAGCAAGAACGAGGCUUAGAGACAAAAACACACUAAAUACAGUAAGACACCUCCUGGAUUUGUUUUGACGACUAUAAAACAGAGACGGCGUUUUGCGGGCUGUCCUCUCAUAUUAAAUAAUGGUGUCCACAGUUCUUGCUGUGACACUGUCUGUCACACUGCUGCACCUGGCUUCAGGUGCAUCUUUAGGGAUGCCAGAUACUGAGGCUCCACCCACCAUGACCUCUAGUCCCCGCCCCAUGGGAGAACUCCUCCAUGCUGCACUUCUGAGUAAGGAGUACCUUGGACACACCCCUGGAAGCAGAGGUACUACCACCAACCCGACCCAGGCUGUCCCAUAUGUCAGAGAAUCAGAACCCGCCUCGACAGUGAUGUCACCAGGCAUCCUCACUACUGCAGUGACCUCAUCGGCUGCACCUCAAGCUGGCCAAUCAGGUUUAGGGAGUGGUGUGACAUCAUCGCCAGCUGAAGAGGAGACCACAACCACUCUGAUUACUACAACAACAAUUACAACAGUGCACACACCAGUGCAAUGUAAUGCCAGCCUGUCAGGAAUGGAGGGAAUAGUUGAGUCCCCUGAUCCUCUCUCCUACUCAUCUGCCUUUUCCCCACUGGAGUGCACCUACAGUAUCACUGUUUAUCCUGGAUAUGGUGUUGAGAUACAGGUUAAGAAGGUAAACUUGUCCAAGGAGGAGUCACUUACCAUUCUGGAGCUAGGUAGGGCAGUGCCAGAGCUUUUGGCCAAUGAGACGGAGAUGAGUGAAGGUCAGGUGAUUCGUAGCUCAACCAAUCAAGUGCAUAUUCACUAUAAGAGUCUGAAGCAAGCGAAUCAUGGGGUAUUCAGCUUUCGCUAUGAAGCGUUCCUUUUGUCCUGCUCAUUCCCCAUCUCCCCUGAGGGUGGUGGAGUGACUGUAACUGAUAUUCACCCUGGUGGUCAGGCUCACUUCCAUUGUGAUCCAGGGUUUGAAGUCAGAGGUCAUGAGGAUGCAAUCUGUCUGAACUCCAGCCGACCCAGAUGGAGCACCCCAGAACCCCAGUGUAUAGCUGUAUCUUGUGGAGGAUGGAUCAGAAAUGCUACUGUGGGCCGCAUCCUCUCUCCAACACUCCCCUCUGUGAGUAACCAUAGCACUGGCAGUAACCUGAGCUGCCAUUGGCUGCUGGAGGCCAAGGAAGGUCACAGGCUCCACCUCCACUUUGAGAGGAUUGCUCUUGAUGAAGACAAUGAUAAGUUGAUUGUACGCAGUGGGAAUAGCUCUACAGCUCCUCUUCUCUUCGACUCAGAUCUGGAUGAUGUUCCAGAGCGAGGCUUUGUGAGUGAGGGAAUGUAUCUCUAUGUGGAACUCACCGCGGACUCCUCCAGCAUCCCUCUGCUACUGGCGCUCCGCUACGAGGCCUUUGAUGGAGAACACUGUUAUGAACCUUACCUGCCUCAUGGGAAUUUCAGCAGCAGUGACAUCACCUUCCCACUUGGUACCAUAGUAACCUUCUCAUGCUCUCCUGGAUUCGUCAUGGAGCAGGGGUCUGGAGUUAUGGAGUGUGUGGACCCCAGUGAACCUCACUGGAAUGAGAGUGAGCCUGUCUGCAGAGCUCUGUGUGGCGGGGAGCUGACAGAUUCAGUGGGAACAGUGUUGUCUCCUGACUGGCCACAGAGCUACUCUAAGGGGCAGGACUGUGUGUGGCAAAUACAUGUCAGCGAGGACAAGCGCAUUGAACUGGAUGUACAAAUUUUGAACAUACGCCAUAAUGAUGUUCUAACCAUAUUUGAUGGCCAUGAUCUGAUGUCACAUGUGAUCGGGCAGUACCUGGGCUCAAGAGAGAGGUUCAGAGUCGUAUCUGGGGGAUCUGAGGUCACCAUUCAGUUUCAGAGCGAUCCUGAUGACUCUUCAUUCAUCCUUAGCCAAGGAUUCCUUAUACACUACCGAGAUGUGGAACCUAAUGACACAUGCCCUGCCCUCCCUUCUAUCGAGUUUGGCUGGAGCAGCUCCUCCCACCCAUCUCUGGUCAGAGGCAGCGUUCUGACCUAUCAGUGUCAACCUGGUUAUGACAUUGUUGGCUCUGACAUCAUUACCUGUCAAUGGGAUCUCUCUUGGAGCAACACCCCUCCCACCUGUGUAAAAAUCCAGCAGUGCCCUGACCCAGGAGAGGUGGUCAAUGGAGCACGCUCAGUACAUCCAGAGUCUGGUUUCGCUGUAGGAACAGUGGUACGCUUCACCUGUAACCAAGGAUAUCAGCUGGAAGGCCCAAGCCAGAUUUCCUGCCAUGGCAGAGACACUGGCAUGCCCAAAUGGACUGACCGCAGCCCUAAAUGUGUCUUAAAAUAUGAUCCAUGCCCAAACCCGGGUGUGCCAGACAAUGGCUACCAGACUCUGUAUAAGCACAGUUACCAGGCAGGUGAGACUCUGCGUUUCUUCUGCUACGAGGGCUAUGAGCUCAUUGGGGAAGUCAUCAUCAACUGCGUCCCAGGACAUCCCUCUCAGUGGAACAGCCCACCACCGUUCUGUAAAGUGGUCUAUGAAGGGCUACUGGAUGAUCAUAAAUUGGAGGUGUCGCAGUCCUUAGAGGCCUCUCAUCAAAUGCUGAGUGAGAAUAUUGCAUUGGCUAUCAUUCUGCCAAUCAUUCUGGUCAUCCUUCUAAUAGGUGGGAUCUACAUGUACUACAGCAAGAGUACACACGCAUGCAGAUGGCCACAAAGUGUAUGUAGGUGGCAGUGGAAACCAUUGUUCUGGAAGUCUCUAUCUCAUACCCACUCUUACAGUCCCAUUACAGUGGAGUCUGACUUUAACAACCCUCUUUAUGAGGCAGGGGACACGCGAGAGUAUGAGGUGUCCAUCUGAGGCAGGAGUCUUCUAAUGUAUUCAAAGUGUGGAUGAAUGGAAAGGAGAAGAAAAAAAGGGAUACUGUUAUUUUUCUCUACGCAAGACAUUCAUUGGUUUAAUUAUAUUAAUUCCAACACUAGCAUCUCCACUCUACAUAGUGUCUCUCUCUCCUCCCUCUAUUGGUUCACUGAUGUAUGCUGUGUGUUUGCUUGUUGUUGCUUGUUUAUUGGGCACCUGUGUAGUAUGUUUGUGUGUUGAUGUAUGAGUGUGCAUUAUUGACUGUAUAUGUGCAUCAAAAAGUAACAAUGGAAUUGUUUUAAGUACAUGCAUCUGCAUAUGCUUGCUUGGAUGUGUGUGUGUGUCUAUGAAUGUGUAACAACAGUAAUAUCUUCACAGUCCGGCAUGUUUUCUAACAAGGCAUGUUGGGUGCCAUAAAGGUAUAGUUCACCCAAAUAUUAAAAUUCUCUCAUCAUUUACUCACCCUCUGGGCAUCCCAGAUAUGCAUGACUUUCUUUCUUCUGUAGAACACAAAUUAAGAUUUUUAGAAGAAUUUCAGCUCUGUUGGCCCAUACAAUGCAAGUGAAUGGGUGCCAAAAUGUUGAAGCUUCAAAAUCCACAUAAAUCAGAAUCAGAAUCUUGGCUUUAUUGCCAAGUAUGCUUUCCCAUACAAGGAAUUUGUCUUGGUGACAGAAGCUUUCAGUGCACAAACAAUAAAACAACAAGACAGAGAUAAUAAAAAAUUUAAUAAAAUUAAAAAGCAAAUAGAAAAUUUAGGUAUAUAUAUAAAUACAUAAUAAGACUAUAUAUAUCCUAUCUAUCUAUCUAUCUAUCUAUCUAUCUAUCUAUCUAUCUAUCUAUCUAUCUAUCUAUCUAUCUAUCUAUCUAUCUAUCUAUCUAUCUAUCUAUACAUAUGUACAUACAUUUACAUAUACAAAUCUGUUAUUUACUGAUAGUGCAAGGGAAUGUAAAUGGCAGAAGAGGUAGGUUAUGUUGGAUAAAUAGACCACGCUGUGUAUUGUACAUAAUAAUUUCUCAGUGGGGCAGUUUUAACUGUUCAUGUGAUGGAUAGCCUGAAGUAAAAAACUGUUCCUGUGCCUGAAGUGCUCUGUAGUGCCAGCCAGAAGGCGACAGUUCAAAAAGGUAGAGUGCUGAGUGAGUGGGGUCCAGAGUGAUCUUUCCAGCCCCUUUCCUCACUCUGGCAGGUGGCAACCAACAAUCCGAACUGUCCUUUGUAGUCUUCUGAUAUCCGAUUUCAUAGCUGAACCAAGAGCAGAGGACUGUCUCAGUGACUGCUGAUUAGAAUUGUAUCAGCAGCGCCUGUAGCAGGUUGAACUUCCUCAACUGGUGAAGGAAGUACAACCUCUGCUGGGCCUUUCACAAUGAAUGUGGGUCUCCCACUCAAGGUCCUGUGAGAUGGUAGUGCGCAGGAUCCUGAAUGACUUCACUGCUGCCACAGUUCUGUUCAGAAUGGUGAGCUGGGUCAUUGUUGGUGUGUUCCUCCUAAAGUCCACUAUCAUUCACUGAUUUGAGUGUGUUCAGCUCCAGGUUGUUUUGAUUGCACCAGACAGCCAGUUGUUCAACCUCCUUUCUGUAUGCAGACUUAUCGUCAUCCUGUAUGAGGCCGAUGACAGUGGUGUCAUCUACAAACUACAGGAGCUUGACAGAGGUGUCCUUGGUGGUGCAGUCAUUUGUGUACAGGGAGAAGAGUAGUGGGGAGAGCACACAUCCCUGAGGGGGACCAGUGGUGAUCGUACAGGUGCUGAAGUGAAUUUUCCCAUUCUCACUAGCUGCUGCUUGUCCGUCAGAAAGCUGGUGAUCCACUGACAGAUAGACAUGGGAACAGAGAGUUGGUGUAAUUUAGUCUGGAGAAUAGCUGGGAUGAUGGUGUUGAAAGCCAAACUGAAGUCCACAAAAAGGAUCCUUGCAUAUGUCCCUGGUCUGUCCAGAUGUUGCAAGAUAUGAUGCAAUCCCAUGUUGACUGCAUCAUCCACAGACCUGUUUGCUUGAUUUAUGGGAUCCAGAAAGGGUCCAGUGAUAUCUUUCAGGUAUAUUUCAUGGCCACAGACGUCAGUGCGACAGGUCUGUAGUCAUUAAGCCCUGUGAUUUUGGGUUUCUUUGGGACAGGGAUGAUUGUAGAGCAUUUGAAGUAACUGGGAACUUCACACUGCUCCAGUGAUCUGUUGAAGAGCUGUGAGAAGAUGGGGGCCAGCUAAUCAGCAGAAGAUUUUAAACAAGUGGAUAAAACACCAUCUGGGCCUUGUGCUUUCCUUGUCUUUUCCAGAAGACCCAGAACACAUCCUCUUCACAUAUCUUCAGUGCAGGUUGAGUGCAUGAGAGGGGAGGAGGGUGGUUGCAGGAGGUGUUAAUGUUUGUGUGAAGUGAAUGUCAGAGCGGGUGUGGGGUGUGAGGUGUGACGUGUGAGACUGGACUUUUUAAAUCAAUGGUUAAACACAUUCAGGCCAUCAGCCAGUUGUUGGUUCCCUACAGUGUUGGGGGAUAGUGUGCUGUAGUUAGUAAUGUCUUUCAGGCCUCUCCACACUGAUGCAAGGUUGUUAGCUGAAUUUCUUUUGCAGUGCUGCACUCUUGUGGAGGAAUAUAAGCAUGCAUCAGAAUAAACAAGGAAAACUCACGUGGCGAUUAGAAAGGCUUACAAUUGAUAAAGAGCACUUCCAAAUUAGGACAGCACAUCUUCUUUAAUGUUGUUACAUCUGUAGACCAACUUUCAUUGAUCUAAAAGCAUGUUCCACCACCUCUCAUUUUCUCCGUUAACUCUGAACAGCUGGAAGCCUAGCAGAUGUAACGUGCUGUCCGGAACUCAACCAGGUUUCUAUGAAGCACAAGCCAGCAGAGUUUGAAAAGUCCUUGUUUGUACGGGUGAGGAGAUGUAGUUUGUUCCUUUUGUUAGGAAAAGGGUGGAGAUUCGCAAGAUGAAUACUUGGCAGCACUGUUCGAAUGCAGCGUUGUUGGAGCUUGACCAACGAGCCGGCUCGCUUCCCUCUCUUGCAUAUCAUAGCGCGCUUGAACAACACAGCUGCGCCUCUGACUAAAAUGUCCAGCAAAACGUUAGAAUAGUCAAAAACUGGAAAAAGAUUGUCUGGUAUGUGCUAACGAAUGAUCGGCAGUUCGUCCCUGGUAAAACUGAUUGGAAAAAAAUUACUAAACACAUGACAAACAAACAAAAACAACAAAAGAAUUGGAGAGCUCCACACCGAAGCUGCCAUCCACAGGCCAUAGAAAAGAGGGAAUAAAGAGAACAUAAAAGUAAUCCAUAUGACUCCAGUGUAUAAAUCCAUGUGUUCAGACAUGAUAUGAUAGGUGUGUGUGUGUGAGUAACAGAUCAAUAUUUAAGUCAUUUUUUGUCAUAUAUUCUCCUCCCUGCCCAGUAGGGGGUGAUAUGCAUGAAGACUGUAAAUCACCAAAAACAGAAGAAGGAGAAAGUGAAGGACAAAAGACUUAAAUAUUGAAUUGUUUCUCACCCACACCUAUCAUAUCACUUUAGAAGAUAUGUAGUUAACAACCAGAGUCUUCUGGAGUACUUUUAUGUUGCCCUUAUGUGGAUUUUGGAGUUUCAAAAUUGAAAAUUUUGGCACAAUUCACUUGCAUUGUGUGGACCUAUAGAGCUGAGAUAUUCUUCUAAAAAUCUGCGUUUGUGUUCAGCAGAAGAGAGAAAGUCAUACACAUCUGAGAUGGCAUGAGGGUGAGCAAAUGAAGACAAAUUUAUCAUUUUUGGGUGAACUAACACUUUAAGGACUAUAAACUUGCCAAAGAGAAGACUGCAGAUUUAGAGAGGGAUAGAAAAGGUGAGUGACAGAGAGAAAGAGAGAGAGAGAGAGAGAGAGACUAUCACACAGGGAGUAAAGAGAGACAAAGUACACAAAAUAUAUAAUCUGAAACUCAAAAACUAUACUCUCAUGAUCACAUAUUUGUAUACAGAGACACGCCUACACAUGCACACACACAGGAACAUAUUGAAUGUAAAUAUUUUGAUUGAAUAUUGAAGCUUCUGUAUACAAAACUGAUUCAGUGCCAAAAUACAUCCCAUAAUGUGACAUCACUUCAUGUUUCACUGGUUGCCAUAGUAUUCCCCACAUUAUUAUGUAAUAAUGAGGACAAUGCCAGCAUUUCAUAUUGUUCUUUGCUGUUUCUUAAGAAUCUAUUUCUGCUUGAUGUUGAAUGACCAUGUUUCAGAGGAGCGGAAUGCCCUCUCGCUUACGGCACGCGACGAUUGUAUAUUUUACCGCUUCAGCUUGGGAUUCAUGAUCAAUUAAUUCUACUUACUGUCAUUGUUACCAGAGUUGAUGUUGUUGCAUAGGCACUAUGUCGAGAAACAUAUAUACAGAAAAAAAAACUGCUUGCUGUGAUGCAGUAAUCGAAUUGAAAUGCUUUUUAUAAAUUGCAUUUUCUUUUCUUUUAUCUCAUAGUUUCUUGUUAAUAUGCAGAGAGUUUUGUCUUUUUCACUGUGCCAUUACUAAAGCCCAUGUUGUGGAGGGCUUUCUCGCAUUCUAGUAUUACUUGAUUGUUAUUUAUUUAUCAACAUUAUAUACUUGGUAUGAAGACAUUAUUUAUUUGCUGAGAUUUACGAUUAAAUAAAAGUCUGUUGGAUGGUGA